AUGUUGGAAAAAAAAGUGUUGAUGAUGAUCGAUCUAUGGGUUUUUAACUUCGGUGAGAAGAAAUGGAAAAAAGUUGCAGUGCCGAAUGGACCUUCUUCGAGAAGUGGACACCGAAUGGUUUAUGCGAAGAAACAGCUGUUUGUCUUUGGCGGUUUUCACGACAACACCCGUGACUUUAAGUAUUACAAUGAUUUUUAUAUAUUUGAUUUGACAGCUUACACCUGGCAGAAAGUUGAAAUUACGGGAAUUGUUCCUCCUCCAAGGUCUGGGUGCAUUGUUUUGCCUACUCCUGAUAAUAAAAUUUUAAUUUACGGAGGUUACAGUAAAGAAAGAGUUAAAAAGGACGUGGACAAGGGUCAAGUUCACACAGAUAUGUAUGUCCUGAGUCCUCCGAAAGAAGAAAGCAAAGAUCAGAAGUGGAAAUCCGCUCAUGUUAAACAGUUAGGAAUUAAAUUUUCUCCUCGAUGCAGCUCGUCAGCUGUUAUGGUCUCUCCGAAUGUCGCUUAUUUGUUUGGAGGAGUUUACGACGAUGAGGAUGACGAAGACGAUGAAGAACUUCACGGGACAUUUUUCAAUGAUCUGCUGGCUUUGGACAUCGAGAAACGCCAGUGGAAAAACGUCUUAGUGGCGCCAGAGAAGGAUAAAGCUAAGCGAAGACGCAAAAAGGAUGAUAUGGAUGUCCAAGAUGUUGAUGCUGAUGACGACGAAGAUGAAGAAGAAACCGAACCAGAACCAGCUAAAGUAGUUAUCAAUGACGGAGUAUUCACAAUGACUCUUGGGCCCGCUCCUGUCGCUUCAACAUGUUCCAAAGGAUCAGAAGGACCCAAAUCUCAAACAUUUACUCCUGCUCCGAGAAUAAAUCCUGGGCUUGUUGUCAAAAACAACGUGCUCUAUUUGUACGGUGGAUUGUAUGAAGACGGAGACAGACAGUACACUCUGAAUGAUUUCUACAGUUUAGAUUUUCAUAAAUUAAAUGAAUGGCAGACUAUUAUUGCGAAUGAUGUCUCAUCCCAAGUUUGGCUAGACUCAGAGAGCUCAGAGUCUGAAAGUGAUAGUGACGAUAGUAGUGAUGAAAGUAUGGAAGUUGAGUAA